AUGAGUGAAGGUGGUGGUGGUGAUAGGUUUCCGCAAUGGAGUAUACAAGAAACGAGAGAUUUGUUAAUGAUAAGAGGGGAACUGGAUUCGACGUUCAUGGAGACCAAGCGCAACAAGCCUCUCUGGGAAGUUGUCUCUGCAAAGAUGAAAGAGAGGGGUUAUAAUCGCAGUGUUGAACAGUGCAAAAGCAAGUGGAAGAACAUCCUUACUCGUUAUAAGGGAUAUGAGACGAUUGAAGAAGAAGGUAUGAGGCAACAGUUCCCAUUCUACAAAGAGUUGCAAGCCAUUUUCACAAACCGAAUGCAAAGAAUAUUGUGGAUGGAAGCAGAAGGCAUACCAAGUGAAUCAAAUAAAAGAGGGAUGUGGUUUCUAUCAGACGAAGAGGAUGAAAAUGAAGAUAGGUUGGUAGAGAAGGCAAAUUACAGUGGCAAGAAGAAACAAAAGGCCAUAGAGAGCAGUACGAGUAGCAGAGGCAAUUCAGACAAUACCAACAAUGGUACUAUUAAUAACUUAAAGGAGGUAUUAGAAGAGUAUAUGAAACGACAAAUGGAUAUAGAAAUGCAAUGGAUGAAGAGGUAUGAUGCAAAAGAGGAGGAGAGGAGGAUGAAGGAGAUGGAAUGGAGGCAAACAAUGGAAACAUUAGAGAAGGAGAGAAUAAUGCUCGAUAAACAAUGGAGAGAAAGAGAAGAGCAGAGAAGAAAGCGAGAGGAAGCUAGAAUCGAAAAACGUGAUUCACUUAUUACGACACUUUUAGAGAAGCUGAGAUCUCAAGGUUUAUAG